AUGAAUUUUAUACCUAAAGCAGCAAUUCCGUAUGUUGUAUUAUUUGGUGCCUUCUUAUACAAUCUUAAUAUUGGAAUAGUAAAUUCUUAUGGAAACUUAAAUAUAUAUUUAACUUCUUAUUUAAGAUAUAAAAAUAGUAAUGUAACAUAUAGAGAUGUGUCAUUUAUAUACGAAUUAAGUAUAAUAACUUUAGGAGUAUCGAUGUUAAUAGGAAACAUCGUUCAUAAAAUAUUAGGAUUAAGAACAACUAUAUUAUUAUGUAGUGUUAGUACAUUCUUUGCAUUUUAUUUAUCUUCAAUCUAUACUCAUUCCUAUUUUUUAUUAUGUCUGUUUAUGGGAAUAUUAUAUGGAUUAGGUUAUGGUAUAUGUUUUACUAUACCAUUAUCAUGUGCUUAUAAACAUUUUAAAAAUAAUAGAGGUUUAAUUAGUGGUAUUGUAAUAUCUGCUAUUUCAUUAUGCCCUUUUUUAUACUGUCCUUUACAAACUCUUCUUAUUAACAGAAAGAAUGUUUUACCAACUAUGGAAGAAGGAAGUGAUUCGAAAGAAUUAUAUUUUCAUGAUGAAGAUGUUUUAAAUAGAGUUCCUUAUGUUCUUUUUAUUCAAUCUAUUAUGCUUUUAUCGUUAUGUAGUUUAGGUGGAUUUUUAGCUACAAUUGAAAAUAAGGAAAAUAAUGAAAAUUCAGAAAAAGUGCUACAAGACAAACAAACAAAGGGUCUUGAUAAUAAUAUAACAGAUUUAGAAAAAAACAAUGAAGCGCUAUUAUCAGUAGAAAAUGAAAAGGAUGAUGAAAAAAAUUUAAAUAAUGAAAAAAAAGAAAAUAAUGCACAUGAUAAUGUAGAUUACUGUAAUAGUGGUGAUUAUAGUACUAAUGUAGAUAGUCGUUUAACUGAAUCAUUUAUAAAAAAAAAUAAUACAGGAAAUGAAUUAGAUAUUAAGGAAAAACAAUCAUCUGAUGGAAAUAAAAAUGAUUCUCUUUGUCUUAAUGAGGUGGGCAAAGAAAAACUGUCUAAAAAUAAAACUGUUAACAAAUUUUAUAAUAAAAAAUGUAUAGAAGAUAAAAGUUUUAUCAUUUUAUGGAUUUCAGUGGUAUUGUUUAAUUCAUAUGUGAAUUAUAUUAUAAUGUAUUGGAAGAUUAUUGGAAUAAAUUAUACAUCUGUAGAAGAUAAGAUUAUAACAUUAAAUGGAAGUUUUGCUAAUAGUUUAUCGAAUAUAGCAGGAAGAUUGGUUUGGGGAUAUCUUUAUGACAAAUUUAGUCUAAGUUUUAUUUUAUUAUUAUUGGGUUCUUGCAUAUGUUCAAGUUGCUUUAUCCUACCUUUUAUAUGCCACAUCUAUGUUUUAUAUUUGCUUUUUUGCGCUAUUUUGUAUUUUUGUGUAGGAGGUAGUUUAGUUACAAUUCCAGUUAUUACUCUGAAAAAAUACGGAGAACAAUAUUUUUCUUUAAAUAUGUCUGUAUUAUAUACUAGUAGGAUAGCUAAUACAUUUUUAUGUAGUUUACUUGUUGGUAUUUUCUACAAUUUAUUAACAUUAAAGUACUUAAGUGUUUCUUUUGGGCUAAUUUCAUUUCUUUCAACUAUUUCUAUAUUUUUCCUGACUAAAUAA